AUGGAGAUAGCCUUAGCAAGGGCACAAUUAGAUGAAUCUCCAGAGGCUACUAUGGCACCCAUUAAAGUAGAAAAACAAUUGAAGAUGAAGAGAGCUUUGAAGUAUGGUAGUGGUGUCCAUUUAGCUCCAAAGGCCCCUUGGAAACCAAAUGUAUAUAAGACUUCUAAGGGUGAGAAAGAAAUUCCUAAGUUUAGGAAAGAAGAGUGGAAGGGGAAAGAAAAGAGAGUCAUGGUGAUUAGGGAAGAUGGGGAUGUAGAGAGUGAGGAAGAAAAUGAAUCCGAACCUUUGAUGUUAGUUGAGCGGAAUGAAAAUGAAGAGGAUGUGCACGUUGAACAGCCAUCCCAUGGGUGUGUGGUGAAGGAGAAAUUGUGUAGCAUGAUUAUAGAUGGCGGUAGUUGUUGCAAUGUGGCUAGUUCCUUACUUGUGGAGAAAUUAGGAUUGCUUACCCUUAAGCAUCCUAAACCUUUUGGGUUACAACGGCUAAAUGAUUGCAACAAAGUGAAGGUAACUAAGCAAGUAGUGGUACCUUUCACUAUAGGGAGCUACCAUGAUGAGGUCUUAUGUGAUGUAGUGCCCAUGAUAGCUACACAUAUCUUGCUAGGUAGGCCAUGGCAGUAUGAUAGGUAUGUGAUUCAUGAUGGGAGGAAGAAUCACUACAAUUUGAAGAAAGAUGGCCGCACACAUGCCUUGGUGCCCUUGUCAUCAUCACAAGCACAUGAGGACCAAAUGAGAAUAUUGAGGGCUGUUGAGGAGAGAAAAGAUAGUUGGAGAGAAAAAUUAAGAGAGGCCGAGCAUAAGAGUGAAGAAAGUAAAGAAAGUGAGUGUAAUGGAAAAGGGAGAGGGCUCGGGAUAAAAGAAGAGAAGAGAGAAAAAGAUGAGCUUGAAUACCAGGAUGUGUUUCUGGAUGAGAUACCUUCGGAUUUCCCACCUAUUCGGGAUCGGCCUAUAGGAGUAGUCCAGCUGAGACAGGUAGAUGAGCUUUUGGCCAAGGGACAUGUCCAUGAGAGCAUGAGUCCUUGUGCAGUUCCUGUUUUGCUCGUGCCGAAGAAGGAUGGAACAUAUAGGAUUAAGAUUGAUUUGAAGAGCGGUUACCAUCAAAUUAGAAUUAGAGUUGGUGAUGAAUGGAAAACUGCCUUCAAAAUAAAACAUGGCUUAUAUGAGUGGCUAGUGAUGCCUUUUGGUCUCUCUAAUGCCCCUAGUACUUUCAUGAGGCUUAUGAAUCAUGUUUUGAGACCUUUUAUUGGACAGUUUGUUGUUGUCUACUUUGAUGAUAUUCUUGUCUAUAGCAAAAACAUUGAUGAUCAUUUGCAUCAUUUGAAACUUUUGUUUGAUGUGUUGAGAAAAGAAAAAUCAUAUGCAAAUGUGAGAAAGUGUUCUUUUUGCUUAGAAAGAAUUGUGUUUUUGGGAUUUGUUGUGAGUAGCAAAGGUGUUGAAGUAGAUGAUGAAAAGGUUAAGGCAAUUAGAGAUUGGCCAACACCUAAAAAUGCAUCUGAAGUUAGGAGCUUUCAUGGAUUAGCAAGUUUUUAUAGGAGAUUUGUACCUAACUUGAGUACAUUGGCUGCUCCAUUAAAUGAACUUGUAAAGAAUGUGACAUUUGUUUGGGGUAAAGAAUAUGAACAUGCAUUUGCCAUGCUUAAAAAGAAAUUGUUUUCUGUACCUUUAUUAAUUUUGCCUAAUUUUGACAAGACAUUUGAGAUUGAAUGUGAUGCAUCAGGUGUAGGGAUUGGAGCUGUUCUCAUACAAGAGAAACGUCCAAUUGCUUACUUUAGUGAAAAGUUGCAUGGUGCCACAUUGAAUUAUUCUACAUAUGACAAAGAAUUGUAUGCAUUAGUUAGGGCAUUAGAGACAUGGCAACAUUAUCUAUGGCCUAAGGAAUUUGUCAUACAUUCUGAUCAUGAGUCUUUGAAGUAUAUCAAAAGCCAACAUAAGUUGAGUAGGAGACAUGCUAAAUGGGUAGAAUUUAUAGAGUCUUUUCCUUAUGUUGUGAAAUAUAAGCAAGGUAAAGAGAAUGUGGUUGCUGAUGCACUCUCCCGCAGGUAUAAUCUUCUUACUACUCUUGAUUCUAAAUUAUUGAGAUUUGAGUAUGUUAAAGAAUUAUAUGAGCAUGAUGAUGACUUUGCUGCCAUAUUCCAUGCAUUUGAGAAAUUUGCAUUCCAAAAGUUUUCAAAAAUGGCUCAUUUUAUCCCAUGUCACAAAAAUGAUGAUGCUACAUAUGUUGCUAAUCUAUUCUUUAAGGAGGUUGUUAGGUUACAUGGUAUACCUAGAACCAUUGUAAGUGAUAGGGAUGUCAAGUUCUUGUGUCAUUUUUGGAAGGUUCUUUGGGGAAAAUUGGGAACUAAGCAACUUUUCUCUACUACUUGCCAUCCCCAAACUGAUGGCCAAACAGAAGUAGCGAAUUCCUUAGUCACACUUUUGAGAGCCUUAGUGAAACAAAAUUUAAAGUCUUGGGAGGAAUGCAUUCCAUACAUAGAAUUUGCAUAUAAUAGGGUUGUGCAUUCAUCGAGUGGAUACUCUCCUUUUGAGCUUGUUUAUAGUUUUAAUCCGCUUACUCCCUUGGAUUUGUUACCAUUGCCUAUUGAUCAUGUUGCUUCAUUGGAUGGUGAGAAAAAGGAUGAAAUGGUUAAAAAGAUGCAUGAACAAGCUAGGUUGCAUCUAGAAAAGAAAAAUGAGCAAUAUGCAUCUCAUGCUAAUAAGGGACAAAAGCCUAUGAUUUUUGAACCCGGUGACUUGAUAUGGAUCCAUUUGAGAAAGGAAAGGUUUCCUAACCAAAGGAAAUCUAUGUUGCAUCCUAGAAGUGAUGGCCCUUUUCAAGUGCUUAAAAGAAUUAACAAUAAUGCUUAUAAGAUAGAAUUGCUUAGUGAUUAUGGUGUUAGUAAUACUUUUAAUGUAACUGAUCUUACUCCUUUCCUUGGUGCAGAAACAAAUUCGAGGACGAAUUCUUUUCAAGUGGAAGAGGAUGAUGAGGAUUAUCAUGGAGCACCACCACCCUUCAAAGGGGCAAUCACUAGGGUGAGAGCUAAGCAACUUCAAAGCAUGCUCAUGGACCAUAAAAGAAUUUUUGGCUUAGGAGAGGAGCUGCAUAAGCAAGGCCUAGCUUGCUUGCUCGAAGAAUCUUAG